GCCUGUUCGUGGAACGCCAAGAGCAAUGGUCCUUUUUCUAGGUUCCUGGAACAGCAGGGCGAUGGCUGCAGUGGCGGGACAGGAAACUGAAACCCAGCUAUGUAGCAAUUGUAAAAAAGAUAUUCCUCUGGCAAACUUUACCAUCCAUGAGAUUCACUGUAGUCGGAACAUCGGGAUCUGUCCUGUCUGCAAAGAGUCCUUCCCGAAAGCAGAAAUGAGGACUCAUCAGGAGCAAGAGCACACACAGAUUGUCUGUAAAUGCAGCAUGAGAAUGGACAGAGGACUCUUACAGGACCAUGUAGCUUCGGAGUGUCCCUUGCGGCCCGUUGCUUGUCGGCACUGUGACAUCGAGCUCGCCUUCAGCAAGCUCCAGGACCACGAAGAUUAUUGCGGUGCCCGGACUGAGCGAUGCAGUGGGUGCAGCCGCAACGUCAUGCUGCGAGAACUGAAUGCGCACCUCAGCGACUGUGGAAAGAAGGCUGAGAGAGAGCCAGUUGGGCAGGCGAAGCCUCAUCUCAACCCUGAGGCCGCUUUGCGCAACAUUCAGACCAUCAGGGACGUCCUGCAGCCAGAUUCCUCGGGAGAGUCGCCGUCAAGGGGCAGCGGGUUCCCAGAGAGCCUGUUGCACAGCUGGCUCUCGGGUGAGGAGUCCAACCGGAGGGGCAGAGUUCCGUCCCCGCCAGGUCUGAACCGAGCCCACCUGGAAAGGUCAGCCGCCCCGCUGCCCCUGGACGGAGGGCCCGGCUGCGGCUGGGAUUACCUGCUGGCUCUGAGCCUGCAGCACGAAGAUAGCUUUGGUCGACCCCAUGUGGCAGAGCUCCGGAGCGCGCUCUGGAAGAAUAUCUGCCCCCCCCCAACCAGACCGACGGACAACUGUGGCGAAGCAAAGAACUCCAGGGACUUCUCUCAAGAUCUGCUGGUGGCAGCUAACAUCCUGGGCGGGCCCAAAACUGAGACCCUUCUGCCUUGCGAGUUCUGUGAGGAGCUGUACCCUGAGGGAGAACUGACCCUUCACCAGACUGGCUGCAACCCGGCAAGCGCCUUGGCCGCCUUCAGCAAGAGGAGCAAUGUGGCCCCGCCGGCUGCGUGUCUUGGCGGCCUGUGGGGACAGCUGCAGGGCGGCCGUCCUGUUGGCAGCGGGGAGACGUUUCCUCUCCAGCAUGACGUCCAAGACAGCCUCAUGCUCCCUUGUGAGUUCUGCGGGGUCCAGCUUGAAGAAGAGAUCCUGUUCCACCACCAGGACCAGUGCGAUUUGCGCCCAGCAACCGCCCCCUCAGCAGGAAGAACACUUGUGUGGUCAGGGGCUCCAGCCGCAGGAAGCUCCGCGGGCACUGAGUCACCUGAUCUUCCCAGGAGACGCAUCCGGCACCAAGGCGAGCUCUCCCCUCUGUAUCUUGAGCAGCUCAGGCAGAAGAAGCCUUUCCAGCCUGCUCAGAAGAGCCCUUCCCAGGGCAACGGGGUGGCUGCCAGGCGCAUUCAGCUGGCCUCUCCCAGCAACAGAAGGGAGGAUCCGGUUGCUCUCGCCAAGGGAAGGAAGCCCAAGAAGCUGGGAGACGCCGAAGGAAGAACGCCGGGCCAAGGCCUGAGUGACCCUGGGGCGGCCCCUCUGCCCAUCAGACACUCUUCCCUCGGCUUCCCUCCCAGCAGCUACGUCCCAAGCUUCCCCGUCACGCUUCCAACUCGCCCAAGCAUAAGACAGGAAGGAGGACGGAGUCCUACAGGUCCCCCCCAUUUCGGUAACUCUAAGGCAAAACCCUGGCAGGCGAAAUCAGCCAGUCCCGACGCGUGAGGGGGCAGAUGCGCUGGGGCCGCCUUCUCCUGCAUUUCUUCCAGCCCAAAGACUUGGUUUCAUGGCGAGAUUUUCGCAGGCGCCCUGGGACUGGCAUUCCGUGCCUUUGGGUCACGGAUGCAGCAGCAGGAUUCCGUGAUUGCUGUGUUGAUUGUGCAACGUUUUGAUGCGAUUGGGAGCUCGGCCCCAUUCACUCGAGGACCGAGACACUUAGGGGCUUUGCUUGGAGUGCCCAAAACUCUGUCCUUGGGCAGAUGCUUCCUCUUUCCAUGAUGUAAAGUGUAGAGAAACACCCCCCCCCCGCCCCCAAAAUGCCUAGGGAAUAAAGAGGCUGGUAGUUGCUGAGUCUGGACUCAGUGCUUUUGCUGCUAGGGUUUGCUCCCUGCGCUCGGCCACUGCUUCCCUUUCCUAGUCUGGUUUCUCAGCCAAUGUGACAAGGAGGGGAAAGUCCUCAUGGGGGCUCCUCUCCACGCAAGCAUCGUGGCCUGUGAGGCCUGAGGAGCCCAGCCUUAAGAGCUGAAACCCGUGUCACGACUUGCGAGUAGCCAGACUCCCUCAGGCUGAUGGUGGCGUGGCGGAGACUUUUAAAUUCCUUACAAUAAACUUUGUAUCUGUCACUCC